GCCGUGUAAGCUGUCAGUGGCUCUUACAACCCAAACAACACCAACAUCAUCACUGUUUUUAAAAAUGUUGUAGUCCUCACAUAAAAGUCUAAUACACUUACCGAGAAGAGGCAGGAGACUAUUUAUAUACGUACGCAGCUUAUUUGUUACGUUUAUCAUCAUGGAGAAUAUAGAAAUUGUGAGUGGAAAAGCUCUGUGGGGUGUUAUAUGUGGCACUUAUGUGCUGCCAUCAGAUGAAGUUGUAGGUGUAGAACUACAGCUAGCAGCCCCUCACCUUCGUGCUGGCUUGGCUGCUUUUACGAAACCCAGUGGUGAUCAUUAUACAAAAUGGUCACAAACUGCAGAAGCCACACAGUCAGAAAAAGAUUUUGUCAAGAAGCUCUCUCAACUGCUGGAUUUGUCAGCAUCCCAUAGUUGGGAGAUGUUUCAGUUGUUCUUACUCCAUGAGUAUCGAGGUGCAGAAGUUGCAUUAACAGAGGUGUUGGCCAAUCAGCGUGAUGAAGAAACCUUCAUGGCUCAACUGUGGAAUUUUUAUCUUGGUGAUCGUCUACAUCUUCUUCGCUGUUUGAGACACAUUGUUGCAAAUACAUCAAAUCCACAACAUCCUUACCAGAAUUUAUUUAGUGACUUCAUGCGUGAUGUUUUGGACAAGGAUGGUAAACUUUGGGAAAGUCUGGUGGAGCAAGUGAUGCUUUGCACCAGAAUGGUUCCACCAACCAUUCAGACUCACGGUCCACACUUUCCAUCUGGCGGCCUUCAUACCUGGCUUGCCCACCACUUAGCAGAGCUAAGGGAAGUACUGGCCACACUCCUCGUGUACUAUGGCAGCACUUCUCACUCGCCAACACCAGACACAUUUCAGAAACUUGUUCAGCUAGCACAGGGAGGAGGGCUUGGUGGACGGCAUGAGAUUCAAGAAGGAUUACGGAACAGCCAUGGACCUCUGGUGGAGGCUCUUGAUGCUAUACACAUGCUUCUUCUCAUGCUUGUCAUUAAUGCAGAUUCCCCUACAAGUGGUCAUAGUCUUUGUGACAGUGGAUGGGUCAGCAAGCUUGAUCCCAUUAUGGCAGGGCUUGGGGCUCGAACACCACACCUUGCUCCAUUAUUAGCCUGGGCUGUGCUGCAGUUAAGAGCAGCUGGUCCAACAUCCUCAGCUCAUCCUAAGAUAUACAACAAACUUGCUCAACGUGCUCUUCAUGGCAAUGUUUUUGGCUACCUGCAAACUGCUCUGAAUAAUACAGUGAUUAAGGGAGACGAGUUGCUGCUACGUCUUGCAUCAUCAGUGGUAUACUCUUUGGUGUGUGCUGCAGCUGGUUCCCUUGACUUGGACAGGAUGGGCUGCUUGCCGGUCUUAAAUUCUUUAGCUAAGAUCUGCUUGGCACAAGAUCCUCCUGCAUAUCUCUUUUGGGCUGAAGAAGGUGGAGGAGCUGGUUUGUUGUUGCCACAGGCAUUGGAAGUAUUCCCACAUGAUGUUGAGCCAUUACUCUCCCUGGCAACAGCUCUGGCACUGGCAAACCCUGAGAGCUGUCACAAGGUGGUGGAACUCCUUAGUGAACUUCCUAAUAUCACUUGGAUUAUCCCAGAUUGUGAAGCUGAGAAUAUUCAGAUACGAGGGGGUAAUUGUUUUGCUACAGCUUCUCUCUACCUAUUGCCAAGUGUGAUGGUGCCAGCACACACAAGUGGAGUGCUGCUCUCCACUAAUCCUAUAAUUGUGGCUUGGCAAAUGCCAACAAAUGCCUGGCAAGCUUUACUUGCCAUCAUGAAGCUGCUUGAUAAUGAGGUGAGUGGUGGGGCAAGUCUUCCUGACCCCAGACUAAUGACAGCAGUGUCAGCUACCAUGCGACUCCUCUCUUCUGUUUUAACAACUGUUCCUAGUCACCUGCCAGCAUUAGUUCAUUUUGUUAACCAGUCUGUUGGAUUACUUUGUAGAGUGUCACAAGUGAGCCGGCCCCCUGGAGAACUGGUGGCUGCAUUGCUGGAAUUCUUGGCUGAAGUUGCUACUCAGAAGCCCAAGCAAGUGUGGGCAGAGCUUGAAGGUAGCCCACUGCUGCCAUUCCUGUCUACACCGCAGUCUGCAGUGAGCUUCACAAAAGCUGCUCAUUUCUUGGUGAAAUGUUGUACCAAUAAAGAUUUCCCUGCAUUAAGUGUCUAUUUACCAGUUUUCAGCAUUAUGUCUAUAUUAAACAUAAAAAAUAAUAAUGAUUAUCUCCAACAGGGUGGUGUUAGCAGUGGUAGUGUUAGGGGUGGCAUUGUGUUCAUGGCCAGAGAAGUAGCAGGUACUUUGCUACGCUGGUGUUAUAUCAGCCAGGAGGAGAGGGAAACAGUACUUGAUCGCUGCUUAGCCCUCCUUCACCAUACACUUGAAGGAUCUAAUAUGGAUUCUUGUGUUCGUGAUCUAGUUGUAAGGCAGCUUGUCGACAGAAGCAGUGCUGGUCAGACGCUGCUGUCAGUUGUUGUGAGUGGAGCUAGCCUAGAGUUAGCCUUGAACCACCCAACACAUUCUCCCAUCUCAACCCAUGCACACAGAUUAACUCGCACAGCUCAGAUGGCUCUCUCCAUUCUCCACAGGCUGGUGGGUGAAGACAGCAGCAUGGGUGGCCUUAGUCAACUUCUUCGUGCUGCUCCUUCUCUCGGAGUGACCCUGGGAGGUGGUGGACACUCGCAGGGAAGUGGCAGUCCUCCACACCUGGCUUUAACUGUGGCUUUGUAUGCCCAUCAGCGACUUAAUCCUCGACUUUCCUACUUGGCUCUGCGCACUUUAACACGAUUUGCUCAGAAACUGGAUGUUCCUCUAGUGGCAUGUUUUGGAGGUGAGGCUGAUGGGAUUAGAGAUGCUCUUUUGCGUCGGUUGGAUUCAGCAACAGAAGAUGUGCGAGUAAAAGUGGCUUUGUUGCGCCUCCUAACUUCUUCUACAACACGCCAGCAGGGACUUACAAAUGCCUUCCUCACCCCACCUGAAAAACUGCUGGACCCUCUUAUUUCUCUUGCUACUCCAUCUGCUAGGAAUGAGUCUGGACGAGAGCUUAUUCUGGCAAUAGUAGAACUUUUAGAUGCCUUAUGGAGUGAGAAAUACACAACUGCCACAGUGUACCUUCAGGAUAAAGAAGAUUUCUGGAAGGCUCUCAUUCAUCCACUUACUACUGAAAGACCAGGUGAAGUAAGUGAUGCAGUAGUAGGUCACGCACUAAGAGUGUUUGCUCAACAGCUGUUCUCCAGUAAUGGCAAACCUUGUGGACCUCUCAAAUCGGCUAUGGAUCAACUCUGUCAGCCUGACACUGGCACGCUUUCUCAGUGGUCAAAGCACAUAGUUACGAGUCUAGAAACUGGAACUGUGCCAAGCAAAAAUGUGAGUGAAUUGUUACUACCAGCUUGGCGGGACUUUCUUGUGGUGCUAGUAGCCCGCGCUAAAUCUUGGCUCACCAACGAUCAGAAGGUAAACUUGGCUAGUGAUAUUCUUCAUGUGUUGCUUCAUCAACUUGAACUAGAGUCAGUAGAUGAACCACUGACAAUCCUAUUGGCCGAGCUUCAUUUAUCUCUGGUCAAACAUUGUGGAAAGCAAUUAGCAGAGAAAGCAGAUAUUUUUAUUACAAUAGGAAAGCUGCUGGUCUUGGUGCAGGGGGCUGUGAUGUCAACACCAGCUCACUGUCAAAUGUUGAUUCUAGCUGCUGCAUUAAGAAUGGCUACACUCACCCAAGUGUCCCACCAGUCACAAGGUCAAGUUUUACCUUUGUUGAAUCCUGUGGUGGGUUUGGUGCAGCAACAUGGUAGACUGGCAGGGUCGAAGUUACACAGUUGUACUUCUGCAGCCACAUUAAGCCUUGCUACAGCUCUCUUACACCAGUGUCUCUUACGCUGCCAGGAUGAGACUGCCCAACAGCACCUAGCUUACUGCCCAGUAGUGCCCUCGCUCCUCCAUGCUGCUGAAAUCUAUAUGAAGAAUGGGGAGGAAGAAGUAGUAGGGGAAUUACUGCGUCUACUGGCCACGCUCUCCCGCAUUUCACAGCUUUCAGAAGAACUCUCCACACAUACUCUUUCAUCAACUCUAACAUUAGUUAUACCACCUUCAAAAACUAGUCUGCUUAGUGAAGUGGUGUGGGGAGUGGUGUGGGGUGUUAUGCGUGAGGGUGUUGGAGGAGUCGAAGGCGGGGUGAAUGUGGCUGCUGUUCACCUUUCAGCAUUAAGUGGAUCAUUGGCAGCUCCUCAUCGGCAGCCAGGUCUUGCUUUAGCAACAGCAGCCCUAGUAACAGCACUAGCCCCACAUUCUUCACUUUGGAUUGUUAUGCACCCAGCAUCACACUCCCAGUUGACAGCAGCCACUACUCGUUGCAUUCACUUGACAACACACUUGCUCUGCACACCAAGGGUAGUACAGAUGGAGUUAAGUGGGGAGAAGAGCAGUAGUGGAGGUACAGCACCACUGUCCACCCCUGCUGCUGUAGAGUCCUCUGUUGCAUCUACUACAGCUAAUAUUUCUGCCAAUACCACUGCUGUUCUCAAUCAGAUGUUACAGGUGCUAUGUGCCUGUCUUGGUGCCAUUGGCUCCUUAGGUCCUAAUUUAACUGACCUUUUAUGUGGGCCUGGAAUAGAUGUUGGAGCAUGGAUGCUCUUCUUCCAUCCAUCUUUCCGUCCAGUGUCUGCUCACGACCCAAGUGCUCAGCCCAGUUUGGCUUCGCUUACAUCUGUACUUGAUCUUUAUGACAAUCAUGCUUCAAGGGAAAGUCGUGGAGUAUCUCCAUGCCGUGGUGGCGUACCUGAAGUUGGCCUGUGUCUUCGAGUGUUAGCUAUUUGUGCAGAGCAAGCGCUCUUGCUGCUACUUACUCAGGCUACCUUAGCAUUAAUGAGUCCUGAAACUCCUCCUCGAGAUGCAGUUCGAGUUCGUCAUGGACUAGCAGAUGAAAUGAAUUCUUUCUUUAUGCGAUGGUUGGGUCGACGUCCAGCAGUAUCACCUCUACCAACCACUAGCACUGGAGUAUUUGGAGUUGGCAGUUCAGUGCAUAUCGAUUUAACAUACCUACGCCUUGCCCAGCAGCUUAUAGGAAGACUUGGUGCAACUAAAUGAUAGUAGUAAAUAUGCAUUUCACAAUUUUAGAACAUGUUAAAGACAACAUCCAUGAAGGUCACAUUUUUUUUUCACAAAAUGGUGUGCUCAGUAUACCUGUAAUGCCUAGAAAGGGUUCAUUUUCUCCUCAUUCUGUUUAGUAAUUGUUGCUCUUUGAAUAACAGUGAGUAGACAUCACUUGAGAGCCCAUUCUGGCAAAAUAGAGCACCUGUGCAUUAUUAUAGAAAAAAAAUGAAAUGCAACUAAAACUUGUAAUAUGAAUCUGGAAUUAUGAUGUUCUACAUAUAGCUGAAAGUGCCAUAGUACUGAAAGAUUGCAUUUUUCAUGUUUGGAGUCGCAGUAGAUGUGCUAUACAAGCUCAGAGUACUACAGUACAGUAAUAAAAGUUGGUAUCUUUAGUUUAUUAAGCUAAAGAUCUGUUAAAUGCAUGAGGAUCUGUGGCAGUAGACCUCAGCAACCAAAACAUACCACCAGUUUUAGAGGUUGAAAAAAAUUGUCUGUCAUUUUUGCUAAACAUUUGGUGUUUUACAUUAUACAGUACAAAAUAAAAUAUUAGGUGCUGUAUGAACUAUGUGGGUUUAGCUCUUCCAUCAGAUUAUUAUCACAACAUUUCUGAAGUAGUAGUGUAUAAUGUAUAUUUUGUCGAAGUUUUAUGAUCACAAUGUUUAAAAGUAUCUAAGGAUAAGAAUAUUGGGGAAGUGGAACAGAAUUCUUCCUCCAUGAGCUAUGCGUGUUGUAAGAGGCGACUAAAAUGCUGGGAACAUUACUAAAGUUAAAAAGAAACUUGUUUUUCUUUUUUGGGCCACCCUGCCUUGGUGGAUAUAUAGCCGGUUUGUUGAAAGAAGAAGAAUAUUGGCAAUAGUACAAAUACUCAGUAUGCAUGAUUAAUGUUUAGACAUGAUUAACAAAGUAUACUUAUACAUACAGUAUACCUGCAUGAAGAGCUAAGGUUUUAAAAUUUUUGUAAGUUUAGAGGUUUUUCUGACUGGUAGUGAAAAAUCUGUAAAAACACAGAUAACAGUAUAAAGUCUAAGAAUGAUAACAGCAUUGUGUGACCCUUAUUGUUUUAGUGUUUGGUUAUGAUUAUAAUUGAGAAUGAUAAAACAUUUAAAUAUAUUUUUAAAUGACAUCACUUUGUAAAUUAUAAUUAAAAGCGAAUUCAAACAAGUGCAGUAUUAUUUCCUUUGUUCCUAUCUCACACAAAAGAGAAAGGCACAGUACCUACCAUUUCAAGUGUUGAGUUUUGGCUCCUAAUCUGCAAGCUACGGAUUCUCUGCACAGUAUUCACACCACACAUUGCCCUUAGACAUGACAUCUCCAUUUCCUCCAGCCUUCUCCUUGUUGCAACAUUCACCACCCAUGCUUCACAUCCACAUAAAUAUUUGUACCAUUAUACUUUAAUACAUUACCCUCUUUGUUUCCAUUGUCUCCACAGAUUCCUCAAUGCACCACUUGCCUUUUUUCCCCUCGUCAAGCCUAUGGUUCACCUUGUCUUUCAUCAACCCACCUGUUGACAAGUCCACUCCCAAAUAUCUGAACACAUCCACUUCCUCUAUACUCCUCCCUCCGAUCUUUCAUUACCUACAUUUUUAAUCAUCACCUUGUUCUUUCCUAUAGCAUUCAAAUUAAGUGGGACAGGAGUAAAUUUUAUAAUUAUCUCUUAUGAAAAGCUGAAGAUGAAGACAUGAAUUUGCUACCAACUUCUGGCAACCAUCCAACUGCGGUGUUAUCCUGUGACUUGUCAGUGCUACAACAGCUGUUGUUCUGUAUGGCAAUUCCUGCAAAGUGUGCUUACUGAGUGAAUGGUUUCACCAAAUUCUACCCUUCAAUUCAUGAUUACCGCUGAAAUUCUUGAUGGAUGUUACACCUAGGAAGUGUGCACGCAUUGAACAUAAGAACAUAAGAAAGGAGGAACACUGCAGCAGGCCUGUUGGCCCAUACUAGGCAGGUCCUUUACAAUUCAUCCCACUAACAAAACAUUUGACCAACCCAAUUUUCUAUGCUACCCAAGAAAUAAGCUCUGAUGUGCAAGUCCCGCUCAAAUCCAACCCCUCAAAUGUUUUGUUAGUGGGAUGAAUUGUAAAGGACCUGCCUAGUAUGGGCCAACAGGCCUGCUGCAGUGUUCCUCCUUUCUUAUGUUCUUAUGUUCAAUGCGUGCACACUUCCUAGGUGUAACAUCCAUCAAGAAUUUCAGCGGUAAUCAUGAAUUGAAGGGCUCUGGUGGCCUGGUGGUUAACGCUCUCGCUUCACACGGUGAGGGCCUGGGUUCGAUUCCCAGCCAGAGUAGAAACAUUGGACGUGUUUCUUUCCACCUGUUGUCUAUGUUCCCCAUCAGUAAAAUGGGUACCUGGGUGUUAGUCGACUGGUGUGGGUCGCAUCCUGGGACACUGACCUAAGGAGGCCUGGUCACAGACCGGGCCGCGGGGGCGUUGACCCCCGGAACUCUCUCCAGAUAAACUCCAGAUAAACUCCCACUCGUGUACUUAUCCAACCUAAAUUUGAAACUACCCAAAGUCCUAGCCUCAAUCACCCAACUAGGUAGACUGUUCCACUCAUCAACUACCCUAUUUCCAAACCAAUACUUUCCUAUGUCCUUUCUAAAUCUAAACUUAUCUAAUUUAAAUCCAUUACUGUGGGUUCUCUCUUGGAGAUAUCCUCAAGACCUUAUUAAUAUCCCCUUUAUUAAUACCUAUCUUCCACUUAUACACUUUGAUCAGGUCUCCCCUCAUUCUUCGUCUAACAAGU